AUGCCAGAGUGCGAUAUCUGUGAAAAAAUGAACGCGAGUAAAGGCAAAGACAGCGGCGAAGUGGUGAAGAAUUACCAUAAGCAAGCGUUCGAGUAUAUCUCUAAAGCACUGAAGAUUGACGAAGACGAUGCAGGGGAGAAGGAGGAGGCUCUGCAGUGGUACAAAAGAGGGAUUGUUGAGCUUGAAAGCGGCAUCGCAGUGACGAUCACAGGACAAGGAGACCAGUAUGAGCGAGCCAAGAGACUCCAGGAUAAAAUGAUCACCAACCUCACCAUGGCUAAAGACAGACUUGCCAUUUUAGAGGCAACAUUGGCUUCAAAAAGCAGGCUUCAACCCCAGAAUGCUUCAAAUAAUGCUCAAAAACAAACAAAAUCCUUUCCUAAAAGUCUGCCUCCAGUCCGAGGAGUGGCCAAAAACAACAGGCCCUCCACAGCAGGAAAACCACCUUGUCGAACCUCCGAUUUCAAGGUCACUCCCCAAGCGGGUAGACCUUCCAAACAGCCCCAGAAGAGGGAGUUGAAAAAUUUCAAGAACGUGGACAGCAAACUGGCAAACAUGAUUCUGAAUGAAAUUGUAGACACCGGAGUGUCUGUAACAUUUAAUGAUAUCGCGGGGCAGGACCUGGCUAAACAAGCACUACAGGAGAUUGUCAUUCUUCCUGCCUUAAGACCGGAGCUUUUCACUGGUUUGAGAGCUCCAGCACGAGGUUUGCUCUUAUUUGGCCCACCUGGAAACGGGAAAACCAUGCUGGCCAAAGCGGUUGCGGCAGAGUCUAACAGCACCUUCUUCAACAUGAGCGCAGCCAGUUUGACGUCUAAAUUUGUGGGAGAGAGCGAGAAGCUAGUCCGAGCAUUGUUUGCAGCUGCCAGGGAAUUGCAGCCAUCUGUCAUCUUUAUAGAUGAAGUCGACAGCUUGCUUUGUGAAAGGCGAGAGGGGGAACAGGAGUUCUCACGUCGAUUAAAAACAGAGUUCCUCAUUGAAUUUGAUGGGGUACAGUCUGGAGGAGAUGACAGGGUACUUGUUAUGGGAGCUACCAACAGACCUCAGGAGCUAGAUGAAGCAGUUUUAAGGCGCUUUGCAAAAAGAGUCUAUGUGUCAUUGCCUGAUGAGAAGACAAGGGCAACACUUCUGCAACAUCUUUUAGCAAAGCAAGGAAGUCCGCUGAGCAAAAAUGAAUUGAGCCUUCUUGCAAAAGCAACUGCAGGAUAUUCUGGAAGUGACCUGACAUCCUUAGCUAAAGAUGCUGCACUUGGGCCAAUCAGGGAAUUAGGACCAGAUCAAGUUCGGCACAUGUCGGCUAGUCAGAUGCGAAACAUCAAGAUGAAGGACUUUGAGGAUUCCCUGAAGCGCAUUAAGCCCAGCGUCAGCCCAGCAACUCUCAAUAUGUACAACCAAUGGAACAACGACUUUGGUGACACAACUGCAUUUUGA